UUUGCACAUGUAAGUAAGCUUAAGAAAAUACCAAGUGGCCUGCUUGCGUAACAAAAAGAAAGGACCCACUUUCUCAUCGGACUUUCUUUUUCUCCCUUCUGGUUUUAGAUCUAAAACCUAAUCCAUGGUUUAAUCCUUGUUGUUAGCCAGAAAGGAACUUCGGGGCCUGUUUUGUUCUUUUUCCUGUUUUCUGAGUUAAAACAGGCAAGGGGGAAGGAAACAAAGGAAGGAGAGCUAUGGGGCUGGUGGGUGUCCAAGAAAAUGGGAACGGGGAAAUGGCUUUGUCUUUGGGGAACAAGAAUAAGUACAAGAGAAUGGAUUCUGAGCUAUCAGAUGAUUUUGAUGAUGAUGUGAAUGCUUCACGACAUCAUCAUCAACUGGAGAGGAAGAGAAGUACCACGAAAUAUGUUCUUGUUUGUGCCAUUUUUGCAUCGCUCAACAACGUACUUCUUGGCUAUGAUGUAGGUGUCAUGAGUGGAGCCAUUAUAUUUAUACAGGAAGAUUUGAAGAUCACUGAGGUGCAGGAAGAAGUUCUUGUUGGUAUUUUGAGCAUCAUUUCACUUUUGGGUAGCUUAGCUGGUGGGAGGACGUCAGAUAUUAUUGGUAGAAAGUGGACAAUGGGCUUUGCUGCUGUUGUAUUUCAAAUUGGUGCAGCUAUAAUGACCCUGGCACCCUCAUUCCAAGUACUAAUGAUAGGACGAAUUUUGGCUGGGGUUGGUAUAGGCUUUGGAGUCAUGAUUGCUCCAGUCUAUAUUGCUGAGAUAUCACCAACAGUUCAUAGAGGCUCUCUUACUUCCUUCCCAGAGAUUUUCAUAAAUCUAGGAAUUUUGCUUGGGUAUGUCUCAAACUAUGCAUUUUCAGGUCUUUCAGUACAUACAAACUGGAGGGUAAUGCUGGCUGUUGGAAUUUUGCCUUCAGUCUUUAUAGGGUUUGCACUUUUCAUUAUCCCUGAAUCACCCAGGUGGUUGGUCAUGCAGAACAGAGUUGAAGAAGCAAGAUCUGUUCUAUUAAAAACUAAUGAAGAUGAGAAAGAGGUAGACGAGAGGCUCUCAGAAAUAGUAGCAGCAGCUGGAAUGUCUAAUGGAGAGAAGAAUGAAGAGAAAGCUGUGUGGCGUGAACUGUUAAGCCCUUCUCCUUCACUUCGUCGGAUGCUGAUCACUGGCUUUGGAAUCCAGUGUUUCCAGCAAAUCACCGGAAUAGAUGCAACUGUGUAUUAUAGCCCUGAAAUCUUUAAGAAUGCUGGGAUUGAGAGUAAUUCUAAGCUUCUUGCUGCGACAGUUGCUGUGGGUGUCACAAAGACUGCUUUUAUAUUGUUUGCUACAUUUCUAGUUGACAGAGUUGGGAGGAAGCCGUUGCUCUACGUGAGCACAAUUGGAAUGACUGUCUGUUUGUUGACUUUAAGCCUUAGCCUUGCCUUACUGGGGAAUGGGCAGCUUGGAAUUGCAUUGGCAGUUUUGUGCGUUUGUGGGAAUGUAGCAUUUUUUUCUGUGGGAAUGGGUCCUAUUUGCUGGAUUUUGACAUCCGAAAUCUUUCCCUUGAGGUUGCGAGCUCAAGCAUCUGCUCUUGGGGCUGUAGGUAACAGGGUAUGCAGUGGCCUUGUUGCCAUGUCGUUCCUCUCUCUCUCUCGUACAAUUUCAGUGGCUGGAACCUUUUUCAACUUUUCAGUACUGUCAGCUCUUUCCGUUCUCUUUGUUUACAAAUGUGUUCCAGAGACGAAGGGAAAAUCAUUGGAACAGAUUGAGCUGCUUUUCCAAGAUCAAAAUGAAUGGCAAGGAAGUGAACUGGAGCUGGGAGACUCUGAGCAUCUAGUACAGAAAGCAUGAGUAAUUGGUGCUUGGCAGGUGCAUUUUUAAAGGUGGAAUCUGGUAAUUCUUAUGGUUUAGUGAUUGAAGGGGGAAGAAGCAGGAACCAUUAUGAAAAUAUACAUCAUUCACUAAGCUAUCAUUGUGCAUCAUCAUGCAAGAGUUGGAUUUCAAAAGAGAAAGCUUCCUAGCACGUUAGGUUUCUGCAAUUGAAAGCUCUAUGAGUUGGUAAUUAAAAGGAGGAAGUAUAGUGUAAUUUGUGUAGCACUAUUGCACUUAGAAGCAUGCCUGAAGCUUUUUUGUUCUACAUCUCUUCUUAUAUGGUUGCAUAAACUUCAGAUCCAUGACAAAAUUGUAUUCAUGUUAAAGUUAUAGCUUGGAUUCUAGCCAACUUCCCUGUAUCAAUAUUUGAUUUUCUCAGACAAAUCGUAAUAAAGUUUACCAUCCGCAUGGACGGAAACGGAUACGGUUAUCCUUCAUCAUGUUUC